CAAGUACAGGAAUGGAAGUCAAUGAUUACGCUGAAUAUCUUAAAUACUUUGCAAAACAUAAUUGUCUGCGGUGGAUUAUUAUCUGGAUCGCUGUUAUGUUUACAUAUGGUCGUCGCUCAUCAAGGCUUAACAAUUGGCGACUACGUGUUGUUCGCUAGUUACAUAAUACAACUUUAUGUACCACUAAAUUGGUUUGGUACAUAUUAUAGGUAAUAUAUGUUUAAAAACG